AUGUUUCCGUUCAUGCAUGAUCUCAACAACUACGACCAAGGUGACGCGACUAGCGACAACCAAGGUCAGAAUGUAGAUCUCAACCUGAACCUUUCACCACCACAUCCACCGGUUCAUCAACCAGCCCAGUAUCUGGUGCAGUAUGUCCAACCGGCGUAUCCUAUGGCUGGUCAACCGGGUUUUCCACCUCCCGGUCAGCAGAUGCCCUAUCCCGGGCAGUAUCCAUACCCAACACCUCCUCAGUCAUAUGGAUAUUGGCCCGGCCAACCGAUGUUCUACCCGUCACCAGCCGGAUAUCCUCAGUAUAUGCCUGCGUACACGGCUCCAGCCGCCGACCCUCCAGUAUACCCGACUGCACAGGUAGAGCCGGAGCAUCAACCCACUUCCCGGGCUAGACGCUCGCCUCGUUCGCGGUUGGGGUCGGGGGGUGCUGAUGCGAUGGAGGUACCACGGCAGGAUCCUCAAGCAGCAGCACAGAUGCCCGCCCGAGCGAAUGAUCCCGAGCAGGUGGAGCGGGAGGUUGCCUUUGAUUGA